UUUAUCAGUCAAUCAACAAUGUCAUUGGCUGACACGUACGAGUAAGUCAUUAAUGCAUUCACCGCAACCUCACUGCCGGCCAGCCCAAAACUGAGGCAGGCAGUCAGGCAGGCAGUCCAAUUCAAUCCCGUCCCGUCAGUCACUCAUGUACAACGAACGGAUGUCCUCACUCAUCGAUUGAUUGCCUCCCAUCCCAUCACCACUCACUGUACAAAUAGGCCUCUCUCGCCAUGACAUGCCGCAUCGCAUCGCAUCACAGGUGCGCACCACACGAGAAGCUACUUACUACGUCUGCGGGACCUGAUUAUUGAUGCCAUCGACAUCGGGAACGCUCAUCUGCCCAGGAGCGACACCUGACCAACAAACACACCACAUACACAGCCAGCCGGGUAUGGUAUUGCUUGUGUCCGGCGCUCCCUCGCUCCCCUGCUCACUGUGUGCGACUCGUCCGCUUCGUCCGUAGAGCAUCCACAUGAGGAAGAACAUGAAGACGACGAACCCCGCCAUGUACCACAUGUGACGACCACUCUGCACACGGAGGAUCCAGACAGAGAAAGACACUCGCUCGUUGCUUGGAUGCCCUCUUGGCUCUCGUGUGCCCGUGUGUGUGCGCGUCAGGCGUGCUCACCUUACUCUUGACCAUUUCGCCCAGCUUCUUCAUUGUGGUGCCCAUCAUGGCACCGACCUUGUCGAAACUACCGGACUGCAGUCGACAGACACACACAGGUCGCAAGCACAACACUAUUGAAUGCUGCUCCCCUGGCUGACGCCUGCAUCCAGGUGUUUCCUUACCAGGCCAUCGAGGAUGGUGUUUGACUCUCUCACUUGAUCCUUGAUAGCAUGACCCAACUGAAGCAGCAGCAGCAGCAGCAGCAGCAAGAGAGAGAGAGAAACCAACAGAACAGAGUCCAAGGCUGUUUGCUUGCGUGUAUGUGUGUGUGCGCGCGUGUGUUUGGGCACCUCUUUGAGUGUGGAGACUUUGCCCUCCAGGUCUUCGAUGUAUCUGUCAUUCUCCUGCUCCAUCAUGGCCUCGGAGUGGUGCGCAUACCUCUCCUGCUCCUGGUCGCGCCGCUUCGAGUAAUUCGAAAACAGAGCGGCGCGCUGGUCGACCUCGAACCUGCACACAACCACACACCAAAGCAGCGUUCAGAAGAAACCGACAGGCGCCGUGUGGGAGUGGUUGUCCCUCCCUCCCUCUCUGUUACCUGUUCGCCAUCCUCUGCUUGAAGACGUUUCUAUCGGUCAUACAGCAGUGCUCAUCAAUAGCUCACGCUCCGCAGCACAAAGCAAGAAUAUCACAC